CAAAUGGCAAACACAGAGUUCAUACCGUUGGUACCACCAUUCGUACAAUUACAAAACACAAACCCAAUUUGGGGGCCAAUUUAGCAAAAAAACCCUAGAAUUCAGAUCUAAUCUCAAAAAUCUUAGAAAUUCAAGAAUCUUAAACCUCAAGUUUACUAAUUACACACAGUCCCAUACUUGUCUUCUCUCUGUUAUGGGAGGUGAGAAAUUUUGGGGAAAUGAAGAGAAGGCCAUGAUGGAGUCUAUAAUUGGUGCUGAGGCCUGUGAGUUUCUUAUCUCAUCGGGUUCUAAUAAUGUGUUGGCGGAUUUGGUUUCGCCGCCGAGUAGUUUAGGUUUGCUUGAGGGGUUAAAUCAGCUUGUUGAUGGUUCCAAUUGGAGCUAUGCGAUUUUCUGGUGUGCUUCGAGUUUGAAAUCUGGGGGUUUUGUUUUGACUUGGGGGGAUGGGGUUUGCCGGAACACGAAGAGUGGUGGAGGUGGAGAGGGGCGUUCUGUUGGGGGCGGGAAAUUGGAGGGAGAUGAGAAGAAAAAUGAGACGAAGAAGCGUGUGCUUCAGAAGCUUCAUUCUUGCUUUAACACGUCGAAUGUUGAUAGUUAUGCAGCCAAUUUGGGUGUUGUUUCGGAUGUGGAAAUGUUUUACCUUACGUCGAUGUAUUUCAUAUUUCGGGGUGAUUCAUUGUAUGGUCCUACAGAGUCUUAUAAGUCUGGUAGAUCGUUCUGGACGUCGGAUAUGGUUACUUGUUUAGAGCGCUUUAGGCCGAGAUCAGUUUUAGCUAGAUCGGCUGGAUUUCAAACAGUAGCAUUUCUGCCUGUUAAGUAUGGAGUUGUGGAGCUUGGUUCGAUCAAAUCAAUUCCCGAAGAACUCAAUGUUGGGGAGCAAGCAAAUGCCAUAUUUGGGGGAUCAAAUGCCGUACAGGCAAAGGCUUUCCCUAAGAUAUUUGGGCGUGAACUAAGUCUAGGUGGCUCGAGAUCUAGAUCAAUUAGCAUUAAUUUCUCUCCGAAAGUCGAAGAUGAGUUUGUUUUUACCGGAGAAUCUCUUUCGGAAGCAAUAGGCACUAAUUUAGUCUACGGAAGCACUUCUAAUGGCCGCCAAAGGGACAUUAACGAAGCAAAACGGUUCCCCCAUCUGAAUCAAACGAGUGUUUCGGGUUUCAGUGGUGAAACAAUGGUUGCUGGUUUGGAGCAGCGUAAGGAUGACUCCUCAUCUCCACUAGACGACCAGAAACCGAGGAAGAGAGGUAGAAAGCCUGCAAAUGGGAGAGAAGAGCCUCUAAAUCACGUAGAAGCAGAGCGACAAAGAAGAGAGAAGCUUAAUCAAAGAUUCUACGCAUUGAGAGCCGUUGUCCCUAAUAUCUCUAAAAUGGAUAAGGCCUCUCUGCUCGGUGAUGCUAUUACUUUCAUCACCGAUCUCCAGAUGAAGAUUAGAGUUAUGGAAACUGAAAAGGAGAUGUCAAACAAUCCGCAAAAGCAAUGUCCGAUACCAGAGAUCGAUUUCCAGGCACGACAGGACGAUGCCGUUGUGAGGGUGAGUUGCCCCUUGGAUGGUCACCCAGUUUCGAGCAUCCUAGAAACAUUCAAAGAGCAAGAAGUUACACCUCAGCAAUGUGAUGUCUCUCCAGGGGAAAAUGAUAAGAUUAUUCACACGUUCUCGAUCCGGACUCAAAGCGGUGGUGCUGAGCAGUUGAAGGAGAAACUCGAGGCGGCCCUUUCUAAAUGAUUGCACUGUAUGUAUAGUUUUGGUGUUCAUAAGCUGAAUCUACUCCAUGAUUGUUAUGUGUAGUCUAACUCUAUGCUGUUGUAUCAUGUAUGAACUUGUGUCUCUAAAAUUAAAGGGAUUGCAUUA